AGGAAGCACAGUGACAGAAUGGCUUGUUAUAUCUCUCUAGUGUUCCUUCUGGGCUUCCCUGCCGUGUAUUCUGGCAGUCCCACACUACAAUAUUAUAUAACCAUGUUAUCCACUGCCUACCCAGGCCUGCCGCAAUUUUCAAUCAUUGCAUUUGUGGAUGACGUGCGGUAUGGAAGGUACAACAGUGACACGCGCCGCGCUGAGCCUUUGAUUCAGUCUCUGAUGGUAUUUUCUGAACAGUUGGAAAGUCUGACCAAAUUGGCACAACAAACUGAAUUAACGCAAAAACUGUUCAUGACUUUAAUUAUGGAUCUUUUAAACAAGACUUAUGAUAUUAAUUACGUGUUCCAAAUCCAGGCUGCCUGUGUGCUGCAUGAAGAUGGUACAGUUGACAUAUGCAAAGAUACGGCAUUAGAUGGCAAACAGCUCCUAGUGUUUGAUAAAGAGAGAGUGGAGAUUGUACCUGUGACCCAAGAGGCCGUGCUUCUGGCACAGUGGGUGAAUAAACAGGGAUAUGCAAAGAAAUAUAAAAUAUUCAUGGAAAAUGAGUGCACUCAGCAUUUGCCAUCAUUUCUACCAUGUAUAAAGAGUUACUUGGAUAAGAAAGUGCCCCAUGUAAAAUUGUCAGGCUCAGAGAGCGGCACCAAACUGCACUGCCGGGUGUAUGGGUUCUACCCCCGAGAUGUGGAAGUGAAGUGGAUAAAGAAUGGGAGAGAUGAGAUUCACUCAGAGGAGGCAGCACAGAUCCUGCCAAACCCUGAUGGCACCUAUCAGAUCAGAGUCAGUGUGGGGGUAACACCAGAGGGGGGCGCCACUUACUCCUGCCAUAUAGAUCACAGCAGCUUGGAGAAUCCACUGGUUGUUCCCUUUGAAACAGAGACCAAGAAUUCACAUAUUACUUACAUCCUUAUUGCUGUCGGUGUGAUUGUUCUCUUCCUUGCUUUUGGCCUGGGAUUUUUUAUACAAAGAAGAAUGAAAGGAUUUAAAGACGGCCAGCAGAGUGUGAACACAAAUGAACAGGAAACUACACAGCAAGAGAAUAUUUUGUAGAGCCCCCUGUUGGGA